AUGCCGCACGUGUGUAAGACGGAGACAACCAUAGGCGUGCACACGCCUUCUAAUAAUAUUGAAUUAUCUGAUCGUAUAAAAAGAGGUCCUUAUCAACCAAUUCUUGAAAACUAUCCAAGAACCAAAAUGUCAAACAUUCAAAGGCAAUUUCAUAAAGAAUGGUUUAAGAGUUUCAGCUGGCUGGAAUACAGUGUUAAACUAGAUCGUGCUUAUUGUUUCAGCUGUAGAGUUUUUUUACACUCUAAUGGAAAAAAUAAUGGACAAUUAGAUAAGACCUUCUCACAUUUGGGUUUUAAUAAUUGGCGUUUAGGAACUAAUAAGUUUAGAACACAUCAGCUUUCCAUGUCCCAUAUAAACAGUACUACUUCAAUGAGUUAUUUUUUAAACUGUAAAUCAAUAGAUGUUCUGAUAGACAAAAGUAAUGAAAUUCAGCUUGCUCAAAAAGAGAAACAAAAAUUGCAUAACAGACAAAUAAUGUAUCGUCUUAUUGAUGUUACUUUAUGCUUAGGAUUAGGUGGCCGUCCAUUUCGUGGACAUAUUGAAAAAAGUUCAGAAUUACACCAAGGGCUGUUUUUAGAAUUAGUCAAUUUGCUUAAAAAAUAUGAUCCAGUAUUAAGAGAUCAUUUAGAUAAUGGGCCUCGGAAUGCGUUAUAUACGAGAAAAUUUCUACUGAACUUUGUGGAAAAAAAGUUUCAAUCAUCGCGUACGAAACUAGUGAUGUUGGUCACAAUGAGCAAAUGUCUUUUGUUACCUAUCCGAUAUUAUUCAUCAGAGAAAAAAAGACCAGUUGAAAGAUUUUUUUGUUUAAGAAGAUUAUUACAUGGAGAUGCUCAGACUAUUUUUUCGGAAUUAUGUGAUGUAUUGAACAAUAUAGGUAUUGAAUGGCAUAAUGUGUUAUCGGUUUGCUUCGACAGUGCUUCUACAAUGUCUGGUCAUGCAGCAGGCGUCCAAGAGAUGAAUUCAAAACGUUUCUAUGUUCAUUGUUAUGGGCAUUGCUUAAACCUUGUGUUAGUAGAUUCCAUUGGAAAAGAAAAUCGUAGUUGUGUACGUCAUGCUAAAUUAGAGAAAAUUUCAACUUCAAUGAAUAUAAAGUUAAAAACAUUGAAGACACUGUCAACUACAAGGUGGGCAUGCCGUUCUGAAGCAAUUGAGGCAAUUAAACAUAAUUAUGAAGCAAUAUUAAAAGCUUUGGAGGAAAUAUCAGACUCAACAAAUCUUCCAGAUGUAAGAGCCAAAACAAAAGGUCUCAUUUAUUCUUUGAAAACUUUUAAAUUUAUUUUUGCUAUGUAUAUGUUAAGCCCUAUUCUAAAUUUAGUAAACAAAGUUAGUGCCACAUUACAAUCACCUAACUUGGAUUUACAUACAGCAGUUACACUAAUCACUGCCUUGCAAAACUCUCUUCAAACGAUGAGAUCAGACAACACAUUUAAUACAAUUUUUGAUGAAACUAAAAUGGCUUGUACUAAAAUUGAUGUAUCCAUACCUGAAGUAAAAAGGCGUAAAGUAUCAACUAAAGUAGAUUCUGAACAUCAUUCGCAGCAUUUUUUUGAAAAUACAAAAGACGAAAUGAAGAUAACUGUAUACAACAGUGUUAUUGAUAAAAUGUUAAAUGGCAUCAAAGUUCGUUUCAGUCAAGAUACAUUAAAUUUAAUUGAUAGUGUUGGUAACUUAUUAAAACUAGAAAUAGAAAAGGAACAUAUUCAAACUAUUUCUGAUACAUUUAGUUUAUCUUUUGAUCAACUCGAUUCUGAAGUCAGACUGUUUACACAAAUAGAUGACAUACCAAGAGGAAGCAAUAAUAGCACAAUAACUCAGUGGUUGAGUUGGAUAACUAAGGAUGGAACAGACCGAAUGAGAACUUUUGAAAAUAUAUAUAAAGUUUUACAAGAAUUUACUACCAUACCAGUCACUAGUUGCUCUUGUGAAAGAGCUUUUUCAAAAAUGGCAAUAGUUAAAAAUAAAUUACGCAGUACAAUGGCUCAACAAAGGUUAGAUGCCUUACUAACAAUUUUUAUUGAACAAGAAAUUGUAAACUCUUUAGAUAUGGAGGAAAUUAUUGAUGAGUUUAAAACACUGACACCAAUCCAAAGAAGAUUACCAUUAUAA